CGUGUUCAAGUCAAGUUGUGUUUAUUUCUUUUGUGCUGCAGAUGAGUUCCUUGCAUAACAAAGAAAGUUUCCGAUGGGAGUUGGAGCACUGCCCCCAUGAACCACAUCAGGUGAAGGUGUGACUACAGAUAAAUAGGAUCCACAGGUGAAGACUUCACCUGAGCAUUCGUCUCUUGCACACGAGUCUGAGGUUUGGAGAUGUCCGGUAAAGCAGGAGGCGGCUGUCAUGGCAAAGGAAGCAAGAGCAAAAAAGGCCAUGGACAUGGACAUGGCGGACAUGGACAUGGUGGUGAUAAGGGGAAAUGCCGCAAACCUGGAGACAAGUGCAGAAAAAAGCGAAAGGCCGGCCACUGCCAUACCAAGUGUCACAAGAAGGGGAAUUCCGGUAACGGGUCCUCCAGCUCCUGCAGCAGCAGCAGCAGCAGCAGCAGCAGCAGCAGCAGCAGCAGCAGCAGCAGCGACUCGGACUAGACGUCUGGACGAAGCAGCCUGGAAACCUCCGUCCUCUUGCCUGUGUACAACCAUCUGUUUACUUUAAAACUAAAUGACUAAAUACAGUCACGUGUUGUGAUCUUGAAACUCAAAUGCAAGUGUUUGUGACACACAUUUUGUGUCUUUCAUGGCUUUUUUUUGGGGUGUUAAAUUCUGAUGUAAUAAGUGAAAUUAAAGAUUGAUGCAUUCUCUCUGAAUAAGUUCAGUCGUUUGACUUUUUCAACUUGUUGAUUUUUGUGUAUCAUCUUUUUUCAGAACUCUUUCAAUGUGUGAUUAAAAUGGCUUUCAAAUA